AGCAAGGGCCCAUAUUAUUUUUGUUGUGUAGACCACAGCCCUGUGCGCACCUACCUCCAGGUUUGCUGGGAUAUCAAACUUUUAGUGUGGAGUUUGAACCACCUUUUCUCUAAAGCUUGGAGUUUGAGGCUUUUCGUCCAGGACAAACAGAUAGGCAGCCAGAAACUCAGAAACUUGUACCAGGAGGGGCCUGCAGCAUGUCUGGUUCUAUACCGUUCUACCAGAAGCACCAUCGCCACUAUGACCGUGGCUACCGUAGCAGGGAGACGGAGUCUAAAGUGAGCCAGUACCAGGCCAGCAGCAGAUAUGCUGCUGGCAGCAGCACCUCCGCCACCAGCAGGAGCACAGGACUUAAAGUGUCUUCACAUUCUGGGCUGGAGGCGAGCAGACUGAGCCCUAUGCCCAAGAGAGCCAAGCCAACUUACUUGGCUGUGGACAAAGAGAACCAAAUCAUCGGCUAUGUAGUGCCUAUCUUCAGGGGCAGUCAAGAGUUUGCGACAGGAUUUUCGAAUACAGAAGAAGCAAGAGUGAGGGACACUGCUGCAUACAUGGCUCGCAGGGAUAUGUUCACCAGUGGCCUGGAGAUGGAGAGGUCAGAGCUGAUCUCCAGGAAGGAAGCCAUGCGCGAGUCGGCUGAACGCAUCUCUCUGAACAAAAGGAUCCAUGAACACGAGGAACACUUUAAGCGCAUGAACGAAGACAGCCUGAUGCACCCCCCAGAGUUUGUGAUUAAACCACGCUCCCACACUGUGUGGGAGAAGCAGUGCGUGCGGCUGCAUUGCACUGUCAGUGGCUGGCCCGACCCACGGGUCAUCUGGUACAAAAACAAUGUGGCAAUUGACCCUCUUGCCAACGCUGGCAAGUAUAAACUUGAGAGCAGAUACAACGUGCACUCACUGGAGAUUAACAGAUGUGAUUUUGAUGACACAGCGCAAUAUCGUGUCUCUGCCAUGAACUCCAAGGGAGAGCUGUCUGCAUUCGCCUCCGUCGUUGUUAAGAGGUUCAAAGGUGAAUUUGAUGAAUCCCUGCCAGCACCCAGACGGGCCAGUACUGAAGACGGCCCAGUGUCUGAGUACGGCAUCACCUUCCAGACUCACAUUGUUGAUAAGUUUGGUGUAUCGUUUGGAAGAGAGGGUGAGACCAUGAGUCUGGGAUGUACGGUCAUCAUUUACCCUGCCCUGCACCGCUACCAGCCAGAGAUCCAGUGGUACAGAGACGAUGUUCUGCUGUCUCCUUCUAAAUGGAACCACAUGCACUGGAGUGGAGAUCGAGCCACACUGACGCUCACACACCUCAACAAAGAGGACGAGGGGCUGUACACCCUGCGCGUCACCACCAAGUCUGGAUAUGAAACCUACUCAGCCUAUGUCUUUGUCAGAGAUGCUGAUGCUGAGGUUGAAGGAGCUCCCGGUGCCCCUCUGGAUGUGCGCUGUCUUGAUGCCAAUAAAGAUUACAUUAUUGUCACUUGGAAGCAGCCAGCGAUCGACGGUGGCAACUCCAUCUUGGGCUACUUUGUGGACAGAUGUGAGGUUGGAACCACACACUGGAUCCAGUGCAAUGACACUCCAGUUAAGUUUGCCCGUUUCCCCGUCACCGGCCUGGUGGAGGGCCGCUCCUACACCUUCCGUGUGCGUGCGGUCAACAAGAGCGGCAUGAGCCGCCCGUCCCGAGUCUCUGAGCCAGUGGCUGCCAUGGACCCGGCUGACCGUGCCCGCAUGAGAGGUACUUCUGCCCCAUGGACCGGCCAAAUCAUUGUCACAGAGGAGGAGCCUGCAGAGGGCAUUGUUCCUGGUAGACCUCUUGAUCUGCAGAUAACAGAGGCAACCAAGAACUAUGUGGUGCUGAGCUGGAAGCCACCUGGAGAGAAAGGCCUUGAGGGUGUCAUGUAUUAUGUGGAAAAGUGUGUCUCAGGCACAGACAGCUGGCAGAGGGUGAACACAGAGAUCCCAGUCAAGUCUCCCCGCUUUGCGCUGUUUGAUCUCGCCGAGGGGAAAUCCUACAGCUUCCGUGUCCGCUGCUGCAACUCCGCCGGUGUCGGCGAGCCAUCUGACCCAACUGAGGCCACCACUGUUGGUGACAAGCUUGAUAUCCCAUCUGCCCCAGGCAAAGUUAUACCUACCAGAAACACAGACACAUCAGUCGUUGUGUCUUGGGAAGCGUCCCGUGAUGCCAAAGAGUUGGUGGGUUACUACAUCGAGGGGAGUGUUGUGGGCAGCAACGUGUGGGAGCCAUGCAACAACAAGCCUGUAAAUGCUACCAGGUUCAUCUGCCACGGUCUGGUGACAGGAGAGAAAUACGUGUUCAAGGUGAGGGCAGUGAAUGCAGCAGGGCUCAGCCAGUUCUCCCAGGAGUCUGAGCCUGUGGAGGUGAAGGCUGCUAUUGGGGGCGGCAUCCCUCAUGGUGUGUUGCUGGAGAUGGGGCCGGGGGGUAACGUGGGCCAACUAACCAAGCACAGGCCACGCUGGACAAGCACGCAUGAAACUGUCCAGUCCCCCUUUGACACUAUGCAAAAGUGCAAUAAAGCUCAGGCUGACACUGAAGCCAGAGAGAGGGCCGGGGCUGCUAGCUCAGGCCUCACAGAGCCCGACCCCAUGGAGAGUAAAAUCAAGGGGGGCAAAAGAGGCAGCUUUUCCUGGGCCCCUGAUCUGGCAAAAUACCUGGUCUCAGAGCCUGUGUCAGUCUCAGUUUCUGACUCGCUUACUGACAUAGCCACAGCUGCACACUUAGACCCAGUCACUGCUGAGGUUCAGGAUCAGGCUGUAGAGACAGUCAAUGAGCCUGCGGCCCAACAGGCACGUAAGUUCUCUGUAGGUGCUUCUGCUAAUUGGAAGAAAGCGAGGCCCAGGAGAGAGUCAGCAGCUUCCCCUACUCCACCCUAUGGCAUCACUGUGUUGGAGUGUGUGCGUGACGCGAUGGUGCUGGCCUGGAAGCAGCCAACCUUCAUCGGCGGUGCUGACAUCACAGGCUACUUUGUGGAUUACCGUGAGGUCAUCGAUGGCGUGCCGGGGAAGUGGCACGAGGCCAAUAUCAAGCCUGUCAGUGAGAGGGCCUACCGGGUGUCUGACCUGAAGGAGAACAGGAAGUAUCAGUUCCAGGUGCGGGCAGCCAACAUAGCAGGUGUCGGCAUCCCGUCACUGCCCAGUGACACCUUCCUGUGUGAGGAGUGGACCAUCGCCGUGCCAGGACCUCCUUAUGACCUGCAGAUAAGAGAGGUGCGAAGCGACUCUCUGGUCUUGCUGUGGAAACCACCCGUGUACCAAGGCCGUGAUCCGGUCAACGGGUUCUAUGUCGACAUCAAGGAAGCGGACGCACCAGAGGAAGCGUGGAGAGGAGUCAACAAUAAGGCUACUGAGAAGAUGUUCCUCAAGAUUAAGAAUCUGAAGGAAGGAGAGACGUUUUUGUUCCGUGUGCGUGCUCAGAAUAAAGCCGGCGUUGGAAAAGCCUCAGACGUGUCAGAGCCGGUCCCAGCUGUGACCAAACCAGGCACCAAGGAGAUAGUUGUGGACGUUGACGAUGACGGUAUCAUCUCCCUGAACUUUGAAUGCUGUGACAUGACCCCCGACUCCAAAUUUGUGUGGUCCAAGAAUUACGAGGAAAUAACAGACUCAUCCCGCCUGACGAUGGAGACCAAGGGAAACAAGUCCAAAGCUGUUUUCAACAGAAUUGGGGAGGAGGACAUUGGCGUUUACUCAUGUCUUGUCACCCACACUGAUGGUGCUUCAUCCAGCUACACUCUCUCUGAGGAAGAGUUGAAGAGGCUGCUGGAGAUCAGUCAUGACCACAAAUUCCCCAUUAUUCCCCUGAAGUCAGAGUUGGCUGUGGAGCUGCUGGAAAAGGGAAAAGUUCGCUUUUGGCUGCAGGCGGCGCAGAUGUCUGCUAACAGCAAAGUUGAUUACGUCUUCAAUGAUAAUCUUCUCUCUCAGGGGGAGAAAUACAAGAUGAACUUUGACAAGAACACUGGUGUGAUUGAGAUGGUCAUGGAGUCUCUGACCCCGGCGGAUGAGGGCACCUUCACCUUUCAGUUGCAUGAUGGGAAAGCUACCAACCAGUCCAGCUUGGUACUGAUAGGAGACGUGUUCAAGGAGCUGCAGAAGGAAUCGGAGUUCCAGAGGAAAGAAUGGUUCAGAAAGCAAGGUCCUCACUUUAUUGAGUAUUUGGGUUACGAGGUGACACCAGAGUGCUGCGUUGUACUGAAAUGCAAGGUCGGCAACAUGAAGAAGGAGACCUCUGCGCUGUGGUACAAAGACGGACGCGAGAUCAAAGCAGACGAGCAUCUGGGCUUCACCGAGGGAGUGCUGAAACUGGAAAUUGCUCAGAUUUCCAAGAAGGAUUCUGGUGUGUAUGAGGUUGUUCUGAAGGAUGACAGAGGAAAGGACACUUCCACGUUGAAUUUGACAGAUCAAGGUUUCAAAGACUUGAUGAAUGAAGUUUUCAGUUUUAUCGCCAAUUCCUCUACUCCGUUGAAGAUCACAAGCACAGAUGAGGGCAUCCGACUCUACACCUUCGUCAGCUACUAUAACGAUUUACUCCAAGUGACAUGGCACUACAAGGAUUCGGCCAUUGCCUUCUCUGACCGUAUAAAGAGUGGUGUAGUUGGAGAACAGCUGUGGCUGCAGAUCACAGAGCCCACAGAGAAAGACAUGGGCAAAUAUGCCAUUGAGUUCAACGAUGGAAAAGGUGGCCUGAGGAGGACUGUGGAGCUGUCCGGUCAAGCUUUUGAUGACGCCUUUGCAGAAUUCAACAGACUCAAAGCUGCUGCUAUUGCAGAGAGAAACCGUGCUCGGGUAGCAGGAGGCUUGCCUGAUGUGGUCACUAUACAGGAGGGCAAGGCCCUCAAUCUUACCUGCAACAUUUCGGGUGACCCCGUGCCAGAGGUCACCUGGCUGAAGAAUGACAGGGAGAUCACAUCUGACGACCACUGCAUCCUGAAGUUUGCAUCGGGCAAGUUUGCCAGCUUCACCAUCACCGCCGUGAACACGUCAGACUCUGGCAAGUACAGCAUCCUGGUGAAGAACAAGUACGGCACGGAGAGCGGGGACUUCACCGUAAGUGUCUUCAUCCCUGAAGAGGCUGGCGGCAAGAAAAAAUAAGAGCGGUCCAAGUCUUGUCGUAAAUAUGUAUAAAUGAAAAACACUGGAAACAGUUAAAGGGAAAAAAUGCUUGAGGGUGUGUUAGAUGUUUUGUGUAGAAUAUAAAAUUAACAAUAGAGGUGCUAAAUCUGAACUGUCCAACAGUUCAGAAAGAAAUCCCGAGUGUGGUGAAGAGUUGUAACUUAAAAUUAUAAUAAAUAUACUCAUCUGGUCCAAUAAUAACAAAUCUAACUGAACAUAUAGUGUCCACUUAAAAAUGUUGCGAAACUGGUGCAAUUUUAGUUUUUGUUUGUGUAAAGCUGUGGCAUGCAGAGAGGCUCAUGUUGGCAUUAAGAUUUCUGUUUGCUUUGGAAGAAAAAUUGAAACUUGAUGAGAGAAGCCAAAGAUAUAGUUUAAGGCAUGUGUUAAUAGGAUGCAGUGCUAAGUCAUAGAAAAGCAACCAUGAAGUUAGUGUGAAAUGUGUAAACUUACAUGUUUUAUCCCAUUUGCUACACAUGAUUCAACUCCUCUGUGUGUUUUUUGAAACAGCAGGUCCCACAUUUCAGACAGAGGUAGAUAAAAACGUCUAGAUGUUAUCAGCUGAGGCUAGUUAGCUAGUUAAGCUAACAUUAGCCCAACAAGUUGGUUAAAAAUAUCUGUUUCUGUUUGACUUUUUAUGAAAAAUUUUGCAUUCUGUUUGUAUUCACAAACUGUAUGUUGUCACUUAUAAAGUUACAAGAGAAAAGGCUUUUAGGAUGAGGAGUAGCCAACGUAUUUGGCAAACGUAAUGCUGUCUCUUCCCCAAAAACCCAACAAAGAGCAGGACAAAGCCGCUGACGUUAACCAAAGCUUUGAUAGCAUCUAGGACCUCAGUGGAUAAAAACAUUGCAUAUGGAUAGGCUAGUCGUGAACGGGUUUUUUUAAAAUUUAACCUGAAUCCCCCAAACUAGUUAUGACCUAUGCUCUUUAGCCUUAGAAGUAAUGUGGAGUACCUAACAACUGUAGGUAUGCUAGUUAGCUGCUAACGAUUGUGGCUUUCAUAAGAGCAGAAAACACACUGUUUAUUCCAUUCCUCACACUUUUGUUUUUGUGUUUUUGAUUUUGGAAAGACUGAAUUAAAAAAAAUAAUAGAAAAAUUUGAUCUAAAAACUCAUGUUAUGCAUCAGAAAAUAAACCAGGAAGUAAUGUAAAAUGUAUUGCAAAUGGGCUAAAACAUGAUCCUUUAUGUGCAUCAGAUGUUGCAUUUAGUCAUGCUUUAUUAUUAUUCAGUCAUUUCAAUGUUGUGAUCAUGACAUCACCUCCAUUGUCUUCCUGUCUGUAGUGAAUACUGUAUGUUUGCCCACUGUCACUAUUGUUACGACAUACCCUUCACAGUCCAUCAUUAAUGAUUAUGAUACUUCCUUUAUUCAUGAUUAUGAUAAUAACAAUGCCACUGUAAUGGAGACUGUUAGAUCACUGUCCAUUAAUAGUGAUUAUUGCAUCACUUCCUAUUCCCCUGUUUUUUGAUGAGACUAAUAAAAACGAGCAUGUACUUCCCCAC